AAAGGGAUAGAGACAAAAUCGAUGAUGUCACUGUCAAUGUGAGGCGUCGCUGAGAAGUGAAUACGGCUUUCAAUGCCGAAAAACCAAAAAAUGAAGGUGCAACAAAGACUCGUACGUCGGCGUCUCUGUGUCACAGCCUCCGCAGUGUUGCAACUAUCUUUGGUCAACGGUUUGAAAUUCAGCGAAGACGAGGCGGCUUCUUCUCGUAGCAGAAGUCUUCUUUCAUCAUGGACGAGGACAGCGCCAAGUAGAACAACUCAGAAGACGUCGAAAUCUGGAAAUGCUUUCCUUGGCACCUCGGGUCAGGAUGAUGAUAAGCACAUCUUCCCUAUUGAAACUCACCAUCGUGGCUGCUACAAGUUCAAGCAGGAGGCGCCUUCGACUUCGACUUAUGGAAUUACAAAUACUUCGCUAGUAACUACAAACUCGUGAGUCAUCCCCUUUCGUCCACCAGACUCUUUCCUUCUUCUUCCCCUGCUUCACCUCGACUUCCACAUCCAAAUCCUCUCACUCCCACUUCUAACACCAAGGUGGCAUAGCCUCUUUCAAUGCAACCACUCGACCUAGCGCAGAGGGCCUGGACGUCUUGUUCCGUUCUAGUGGUGGGCCCUUUUCUGUCAAGGAUUGCGCUAUUCAGUGUGAGAGUGAAAAGGCUCUGCCGAAAUAUGCACUACUCUCAGAAGGCGGCGAUAUCUGCGAAUGCGCAGAGGAUCUGGGGAGUGAAUAUGCUAUGCUGUGACACCGCGACUUUUUCUACUUAAUUUGCUUGUGAAUAAUACUCGUAAAUAAUACUGGAAAAGCACUGCGAUCGCGAUGAAGAAUGUCCUUUUCUCGAGAUUCGCAACUACGACCAUUUUCAAGAUGUUACUCGUCCCUGCUAACUCAACAUCCAUACGCUAAUCCCAACAUUAGCACCGGUGGAGCCGAAUGUGAUUCCCGGUGCACAGCUGCUGGGGACACGGAUAGUCCCUGCGGCUCCUUCGAUGGCGAAUACAAAUCCGUUUAUUGGUGGAGUCGUUGCACUGAAGAAGAUGAUAAUCCAUUGAAUAGUAUGGCAGGGAAUGAAAUUGAACAUAAAUAGUUCUAUGUAUUAGAUUAGAGACUUAGAAGAGCCGUUUUGAUCUUCGGUGCGAGGUUAGGGUUUCGACAGCAAGAAUUCUCUCCAUCCACUUUUCUCUCCUCCUUUCGUUUCCCCUCUUCACUCCCCACCGCUGCAAAUGCGCACACGGUGUUGCGCAGACCGGCGAACAUUGUGUUGAGGAUUAUGCGCAGUCUUGUGCCAGUUGCGACGCAGGCUUCACCCUUGAUGGCGAAGAGUGUGUCCGCAACGCCUGUGAGUGUCCGCACGGGACAGGAUCCGCAGGAGAAGCGUGUCCAGUAGAUGCGGAGAUUCGCUGCGAACAGUGCUUUGAGGGAUACCACUUGAUUAUGAUGUUGGACGGACAAAGAUAUCCAUAUCUUCGCGAAUCUCGAUCGGGUUAGUACUACACUUAUAAUACGUCUCAGGGUCGUUUAAAGUAUGCUUUUUCUCAUCUCCUCAUCUGCAGCGCCCUUGAGUUUUCUAAGAAGCAAGCCCUAACAAGUCCAUUCCAGUAGGUGCGGAGAUUCGCUGUGAACAGUGCUUUGAGGGAUAAAUCAUUCGACUGUGAUGUAUGGCAAGAAAAACAGUUGUCUGAUUCUGAAGGUUGAAAGUGUACUUCCCUAUCUGCAGCCCCUUUGAGUUUUCUAAGAAGCAAGGCCUAACAAGUCCUCCACCAUCCGCAUCCCGUUUCUAACUCCAUUCCAAGAAGUGUCUUGAACGCAACGAGCGUAGCCACUCCGCAGACACUGACGGGACCAUCGCCCAUGACGUGUGCUGUCAACGAAUGCAGCUGUGCGGGAGGCGUGGGGGCUACUGGCGCCGACUGCCCCUCGCAUGGAGCAGCCUUUUGUUCCAAUUGCACCGAACCGGGAUUUUUCAUGUUAGGGAAGAUGAUGUGAUGAAGACCUAUAAUCGUUUGAAGAUAUUAGAGGAUGAUGUAGAACUUCAACAAUUGGUCUUCAGGUGUAGGAUUAAGGGUAGAUUAAAGCUGCAUUUGUUACCGUUUGUUAUGGCUCUCCUAAGGAGGACGGCCAUAACAAACGGGACAAACGAACACCAAGAACCUACCUCUAAUAGGACUUGCGUCUUUUUGUGAUCAUGUUCCGACCUCAACGCCAUAGAUGCAUUCCCUGUCUCUCCUAAUCCAAAAAGCACCCGGCGAAUGCGAGGAAAAGCAGUGCGUCUGCGAUCUCACCACUGGCACCGCCGCAAAGGGCGUGGAAUGUCCAGCUCCUCAUGCCAACGUGUGCUCCGUGUGUCACGAAGGCUACCACUUGGAUGGGCACAGUUGCGUCAAGAACGUCUGUAAUUGCCCACAUGGUGAGCACGCAGAAGGUGGCGAUUGUCCGGUGGACGGUGCACUGAAGUGCACUACUUGCGGUGAAGGCUUCGACAUGCUCAACGGAGAGUGCACGGAGAGGAUGUACUAUAAUUGUGACUUUAUCUGCUCGUGAUUACAUCGCCCAGAAUACUGUAUUCUUCUUAACACAACUAUGGCAGCCUUAACGCGUUAUUUUAGCAACACGUUAUAAAGCAGAAUAUUACUAGAGCAGUACUAGAAUCCAACCAGCAUGCAUCUAUAACGCGUUGCUAAAAUAACGCGUUAAGCCUGUCAUAACAACUCCACCACAGCUGCACUUGUCCCGCCCAUGGCGAUCCCGCUGUUGGAGCCCACUGUCCGGCUAAUGGCACGAUGGCUUGUGAGCGAUGCGACUACCAUUACGAGCUAAACGCAGCUACGAGGACUUGUGACCGGUGGACCCCGAAAUAUGUGGGUUGCUUCGAGGACAACGGAGACCGCGAUUUGCCUAAUCUGGUGAUGCCCGUAAGGGCUAAAACGAAGGUUAUGAUUUCGUCAGAAGACAGCGUAGAUCUAGACAUGAACUUCCAGACAGCAACACUGAACUACAGAAAAGUUUGUUUAGUAUCUGUUGUCCUUCCCACCUCCUUCACCUGCUUCCAUCAAUCAAACCAUUAUAGUUCACCUUACCAAUCCCACUUUCUCUCUCUUCUAACCUACGAAGAAUGGAAGCAACGCCUGAGAGCUGCGACAUUUGGUGUGCAGAGUACAAGUAUUUCGCGAUCCAAGCUGGCCACGAAUGCUGGUGCGGCAACAAGAUAGACUACACAUCCAAACCGGAGUCAGACUGUAAAGCUUGUAAGCAUGACAGUAGUCUAAAGUGCGGCGCCGGAUGGCGAAACAGCGUCUACGAGCAUGAACGUAUAUCGGCUUAAGAUUUGAUUUUGGCGUUAGAAAACGAUGUUGACACUCACGCUCCUUUUGUUUCUCGAUCUUCGAUUACAUGAUCAGGAUCAUACUCCCUUACUAAAUCAAUGAAAAAGUAUUCUCUCUCUACAACUACUAUUCUCUCUCUCUCUGUCUCCCUCUCUCGCCUUUACCGUUCUGGCACUUACCUCACGCUUAACCCGUUACUUCUCCCCACCAAGUAGACCCUUUUCUUACUUCUUCCACUUCUACAAAAUCACAGCUACCGUCAAGUACAUCGGUUGUUACGAAGACCAAGGAGAGCGAGCGAUGGAGAUGCAUGUGGACAAACACCACACUUUCCAGUCGUGUAUGGAGACGUGCACAGACCCUCAUAUUGGAGGUGGACCUCAUAAUUAAGGCUCGUCUUGACCUUGAUGCUAUUGACAGAAUUGACUUCAUUGACAUAAUAAAUUGACAUAAUUGACAUUGAUUCAUUGAAAUAGGCAGUGUUGCAAAGAAAAGCAUGAAUGAUGCUGUAUGAUGCCUCAACUUUGUCUUCAUCUUCGUUGACGCAUCUUCAUUUGCUUUUGCACAACUUGAGUACUUAGACAGCUAACUUGUUUGGGCCGACAGCUGCGCCUCGUUUGGUGGUCUCUCUAAUCUGAAUACUUCGCUCUCCAAAACGGCAAGGAAUGUGCAUGUGGUGCCGACUUCGCACGCUACGGACGUAAGGCGGAUAGUGAAUGCAAGUAUGAAUGUGCGGAGGGCAAUAGCUUGUCCGGAAAAAGGGAUGAUGGAUACUUUAUGGCGGUUCUUACUUUUUACUCGACGUCGACGGUCUUUUGGUUGGUUGGUUGGUUGGUUGGUCGGUCGGUUGGUUGGUUGUAGUUAGUAGUCUAAACUCAUCCUCCGGAAGAUGCCCCCUUAGCGGAAUAUAUAUCAGGAGAAAACUCCUGCAAAACGAGGACAUCAUCAUUCAGCAGGAUAUGGGCAAGUAGGGAUCUUCAAAUGAAGAACAAGGUCAAGCCUAUUCAACAUAGACACGCCUCUAAGCACUGCGGCGGCGGCUGGCGUAAUGCAGUUUAUGAAGUCCAGGCUUCCACAGCAGUCGGUGGCGGUGCCUUUGGGGACGAGCCUAAUAACCUUGGCCCUGGAUGGACCAUGGUUGCUGGGAUUGGAUACCGAUUUGCUCCCGGUUACGAGGGAGCGACAAGCUGUCCUUUGGGAUCUGAUCUUUAUGGACGUGGAGGGUGGAUUUGCAUUUCUUUUUAGAAGAUGGGAGUAGUUGGGGAUUGACUUGACGCACAACUUAGAAGCUAAAACCAAGCAAAAAGCAACUUCUCUUCAUGAUUUAGAAGCAACUCUCAGCUAAGUACCUACAUGCAAUACUCCGCAGCUGCAUAGAGUCAGCAGCUACAUAGUCGCCUCAACAUCAACCCGCCCCUUUCAUCCUCCCGCGACUGUCGAGCUCCCUUCGCAGAUGCGCUUUGUGAAGCAGCUAGUUGGUGGUCCGCGACAAAAUGCGGUUGCUCUGGGCUUCACCGAUGCCAUAACUGAGGGUGAGUGGGCGCAUACCGAACACGGGUUGCCGAUUCUCCAUGAUUAAGGCAACUACUAAGAGCACGAGCAGAGUACAACUACUUAUAAGGGGAAAUAUGAAUAACUACUACUGGGACGUGAGGGAGGAUGCAAACGCUGUAGCUGCUCUAACAUGAGGGUCAGAAGGGCGGUCUAGAAUGGGGUCGUGCCGAGCCCAACGACGAUGGCGCUGGCGAAGACUGCGCAGUCUUGAAACCCGAUGGCAAAUUCAACGAUGUCAAAUGCUCUAAAGUCUCCAACGGAGACUACUGGUUGGUUUGCUCGAAGAGAGUGUAGAAUUGCCACUAGUACUUACUACUUUUCUUGUCCUUCAUCUUCUUUUCUAUGGUUUUUUCCAAAGUCCAUUUGGCUUUAUUAUGCUUAUCAUGCUAGCAGCAUAUUAAUAGUCGUAGGGAGUUGUCUCCUCUCGUAUUCUUCUUUUCCUUCUUUGCACCACUGCAGUGUAGUCACUGUUCAGGCUUGUGCAUGUUUAAUUAUUUUUCUCUCGGUACAUAGAAAGACAGACACCACGUGCGAUUGCAAAGAGAAUCAAAACGAAAAUUGUAGUUUUUUUGUAGAU